AUGAAGACAGGAAGCCAGAAGAGCGUGCGUGGUGGCCGCGUGAGCACCCAGAGGGGCCCCCGCCCCUGGGAACCAGGCCCUCUGACAGGGCCCUCGGACCCAGACCCGCUCCGAGCGCGGCUGCUCAGCCCCGGACUGCUUGCAGCAGGGGGCCAGCUCCUCCCGCGGCCCCGGGAGCUGGAGGCGGCCGUGGGAGGCAGAAGCCCCGAGGAGCGUGCCCUCGCGUGCGGGCCGACUCGGGAGGCUCUGCUGGAGCUGGCGGCGCGGCCCGGGCGGCUGCGCGAACGCGUCCUGGAGCUGGCGCGCGGGGGCGGCGACCCCUACAGCGACCUCAGCAAGGGCGUGCUGCGCUACCGGACGGUGGAGGACGUGCUCACGCCGCUCGAGGAGUGCUUCAUGCUGGACGCCAGCGCCGUGCUGGACUUCGGCGUGCUGGCCAGCAUCAUGCAGAGCGGCCACACGCGCAUCCCCGUGUAUGAGGAGGAGCGCUCCAACAUCGUGGACAUGCUCUACCUCAAGGACUUGGCCUUCGUGGACCCCGAGGACUGCACGCCGCUCAGCACCAUCACCCGCUUCUACAACCACCCGCUCCACUUCGUCUUCAAUGACACCAAGCUGGAUGCCGUGCUGGAGGAGUUCAAGCGAGGGAAGUCCCACCUGGCCAUCGUGCAGAAGGUGAACAACGAGGGCGAGGGUGACCCCUUCUACGAGGUCCUGGGCCUGGUCACCCUGGAGGACGUCAUCGAGGAGAUCAUCAAGUCGGAGAUCCUGGACGAGUCUGAAGACCACCGUGGCACCAAGGUGAGGCAGAAGCCCGCGGUCUUGAGUGCCCCCCUCAAGCGGAAGGAGGACUUCUCCCUGUUCAAGGUGUCUGACGAGGCGUUCAAAGUGAAAAUCUCGCCUCAGCUGCUCUUGGCCACCCAGCGCUUCCUGUCCCGAGAGGUGGAUGUCUUCAACCCGCUGCGAAUCUCCGAGAAGGUCUUACUGCACCUGUUGAAGCACCCCAGUGUCAACCAGGAAGUGCACUUCGACGAGAGCAACCGGCUGGCCGCCGCCCACUUCCUGUACCAGCGCAGCCAGCCCGUGGACUACUUCGUCCUCAUCCUGCAGGGCAGGGUUGAGGUGGAGAUCGGGAAGGAGGGCCUGAGGUUCGAGAAUGGGGCCUUCACCUACUACGGAGUGUCUGCCCUGACCGCACCGUCCUCUGUUCACCAGUCCCCAGUGUCCUCGCUGCAGCCCGAGCCAGCCGACGGCACCCGCUCAUCCACGUAUUGUCCCGACUACACCGUGAGGGCCCUCUCUGACCUGCAGUUCAUUAAGGUCACACGGCUGCAGUACCUCAAUGCUCUGCUGGCCACCCGCACUCAGAGUCUCCCGCAGUCCCCUGAGAGCCUGGACAUCCACAUGGUCUCCGGCAGCCAGACCAGGCUCCUCAGUGACAAGACCGCAGCAGCAGCAGGGUCCCCCCACAGCCGGCCAGGCGUCCCCGCAGAGGAGAGCCCCGGGCGGAACCCAGGCGUCUGAGUCCCUGCCAAGCAGCCCCAGACCUGGGGGUGGACGAACAAGCGCCGGGAACUAGAGGCGCUCAUGCCAUCCUGCCCGUUCCCUCGUGGCCACGUUCUAGAUGGCCCCGCGCUCCACCCCAGGUGCAGGGGCCAGGAGCUUUCAGCAGGUCCGCAGGAGGUGGGCUGCAGCCCUCCAGGCCAGCUUUUGGAAGAACUGUCUCUGUGCCCACCCCCGCCCCACCCACCCCGGUGGUGAUGGUGCAGUGUGUUUCUACAGACUCCCGGCAGAGCCUCAGUGUGAGUGCCUGUGACUGCUGCCUGUAUGUUGUCAGGCCUGACCGUCCAGUCCUCACGUGGCUUUUCAUCUGCCGGCCUCUCCACGGGCAGCACUCCGAGCACCCAAGGGUUCAGAUUGCAAUUCCAGAGCACAUUCCGUCUGCCAAACCUAGAAACGCGGCUCCCCACAGGUGUGCCCCUGGCUCGGGCUCCUUCCUGUGUAGAUUGCUGCCCGGCC